GGAAGUGGAUUUUUAUUGUACAUUGUUCCUCUUGUCGCAGGUUAAAGCGCAGCAGAAUGUAACGGUGCUUCUUACGGGCUGUCCUCGCAUCUUCUCGGCCAUCCCAAGUCCCCCCCUUUUCCGCUACUCGGACGGUGCGCAGAUUCGGUGUUUUCGGGGGAUGGGUGUUACACGGACGGUCAGCAGAGGCGACUAACGUUUGAAAAGAUGUCCAACAUCCUCGAUGCGGCGUCCAGAGUGAAAUGGGACCGCACGACUGCGGCGAAGAGAGCCGUGUUGCUGGCGGCUGCAGCUUACGGUGUUAAAACGCUGUACCCCAUCAUCUGGAAGCAGCUCUGCGGGAACAAAAAGCCGAACCGCGACCGCCGGGCGUCAAAGGCGGAGAACGGCUCGACGUGUUCCGGGAAAGCGCAGAUAGACGUCGUGGAUGUUAAGAAAGCAUCCCCGGGAGUCAACGCGGAGUUUUUCAAGCAGAUCCUGGAACUUGGUAAAAUCCUCUUCCCCAGGCUCGUUUCCAAAGAGCUAGGUUUGCUGUGCUUGCACUCGGUGGCGCUGAUAUCCAGGACAUUUCUGUCUAUUUACGUGGCCAGCUUGGACGGGAAGAUAGUCAAGACGAUCGUGGAGAAAAAGCCCCGGCACUUCAUCAUCCAGCUGAUGAAAUGGCUCCUCAUCGCGAUCCCGGCCACGUUCGUCAACAGCGCCAUCCGGUACCUAGAGUGCAAGCUGGCUCUGGCCUUCCGCACCCGGCUGGUCAACCACGCUUACCGGACCUAUUUCACCGAUCAGACCUACUAUAGGGUCAGCAACAUGGACGGGAGGCUCGCCAACCCGGACCAGUCGCUCACCGAGGACGUGAUGAUGUUCUCCCAGUCGGUGGCCCAUCUGUAUUCCAACCUCACCAAGCCGAUCCUGGACGUGAUGCUGACCUCCUACACGCUGAUUCAGACCGCCAGGGCGAGGGGCGCCAACGCCAGCGGGCCGACCCUGCUGGCCGGGCUGGUGGUCUUUGCCACGGCCAAGGUCCUACGUGCAUGCUCCCCCAGGUUUGGCAAGCUGGUUGCGGAGGAAGCGCACAGAAAAGGCUACCUACGCUACGUGCACUCCAGGAUUAUUGCUAACGCUGAGGAAAUAGCUUUUUACAGAGGACACAAGGUGGAGAUGUGUCAGCUGCAGAAGUGCUACCGGGCCCUGGCCGACCAGAUGAACCUGAUCCUGUCCAAGCGCCUCUGGUACAUCAUGAUCGAGCAGUUCCUCAUGAAGUACGUGUGGAGCUGCUCGGGCCUCGUCAUGGUGGCCGUGCCCAUCAUUACGGCCAGGGGCUUCGCCGACAACGAAACGGCAGACGGACAGGCGCAUAUGAUGGUGAGCGAGAGGACAGAGGCGUUCACCACCGCCCGCAACCUCCUGGCGUCCGGAGCAGACGCCAUCGAGAGGAUCAUGUCCUCCUACAAAGAGGUCACAGAGCUGGCAGGUUACACAGCGAGGGUCCACAACAUGUUUGUAGUGUUUGAGGACGUCCAGAGGGGGAUCUACAAGCGCUCCUCUCUGUCUGCCACCACAGGAACGACGCUGAAAAGCAAACCCGAGAUGCACAUAGACGGGCCGCUGGAGAUAAAAGGUGAAGUGAUUGACGUGGACAGAGGCAUCGUGUGCGAGAACGUCCCGAUCAUCACACCGAACGGGGAUGUGGUGGUGUCGUGCCUGAAUCUAAAGGUGGAAGAGGGGAUGCACCUGUUGAUCACGGGCCCAAACGGAUGCGGGAAAAGCUCUCUGUUCAGGAUCCUCAGCGGGUUGUGGCCCGUCUACGGCGGCCGCCUACACAAACCUUCGCCCGAGCACAUGUUCUACAUCCCUCAGAGGCCAUACAUGUCAUUGGGCUCUCUGCGAGACCAGGUGAUCUACCCAGACUCAGUGGAGGACAUGGCUGCCAGAGGCCUGACCGACAAGGACCUGGAGGCCAUCUUGGACAUCGUCAACCUCAAUCACAUCGUCACCAGAGAGGGAGGCUGGGAUGCUGAGCUAGACUGGAAGGACGUUCUGUCUGGAGGCGAGAAGCAGAGGAUGGGCAUGGCUCGCAUGUUCUACCACAAGCCCAAAUACGCCCUGCUGGAUGAAUGCACCAGCGCUGUGAGCAUCGACGUGGAGGGAAAGAUUUUCCAGGCUGCCAAGGACGCCGGCAUCUCGCUGCUCUCCAUCACACACCGACCCUCCCUGUGGAAGUACCACACCCACCUGCUGCAGUUCGACGGCGAGGGCGGCUGGCGUUUCGAGGAGCUGGACUCGGCGACCCGCCUCUCCCUCACCGAGGAGAAGCAGCGGCUGGAGGCCCAGCUCGCCGGCAUCCCCGAGAUGCAAAACCGCCUCAACGAGCUCUGCAAGAUCCUGGGAGACGACUCCGUCCUCAAAACAGCCGAUGAGUGAGAGCAAAGAAGGGAGGUGGAGGUGGAGGCGACGAAGGAAAGCAAAAUCUAGCAGCUUUUCGUUAGCUUUUUUUUUUUUGCGCCAAAUGGGAGCUUCUGAAGACUUGAGCCCUGCUGUCUCCACCCCCCUUUUAUUCCUACUCACCGACUGUAUGUUCAGUCGUACUUUUAAAACUUGGGUUUUAGCAGUUGUUAACAAGCAAAAGCAACAGAAACGACGACCCCAGAUUAACUAAAAUGAUUGUUCAGUUUGUGAUCUAAUAGCACUUUACAUUUAGAGGCCCAAAUAGGCCUCUACUUAUUGUAAUUGUUCAUGCUGAUACACAGGAAUCAAUUAUUUGUGUUUUUUUUAUUUAUAUUUUUUUUUACCCAAAGCAGUAUUGCAAGGGAAGACAAAGCCGGCCGUCAUUCUGUUGUUUGUUUGUUGUUGUUUUUUUUUUACCUCCAGCAAAAUAUUUCACCGCUUUUAUUUUCCAUACAUUUUCUCAAACCGUUUUCUGGCGUUUUGCGUCGCCUCCCGAAGCUUCUGCCGAAGGGAGCAGAGGAGCAGGGUCGGAGCAGAGGAGCAGGGUCGGAGCAGAUGAGCAGGGUCGGAGCAGAGGAGCAGGGUCGGAGCAGAGGAGCAGGGUCGGAGCAGAGUCGGAGCAGAGGAGCAGGGUCGGAGCAGAGGAGCAGGGUCGGAGCAGAUGCUCGGCUGUCCAUCAGCUCGCGCGAAUGUUUUGCUCCCGGUCAAGCCGGUGGCUACGACAACAGCCGUGGUUCUGCUGUCGACAGAAACGCAUAUGUCCGCCGAGAUAUAUAGAGACGGGAGAGCGCCUGUAGUUUACACUUCUAGUCCGGUCUCAAGUCAAACCUUCCCGACUUUUUCUUGUGUAGGGAAGCAAAACUCGAGUUCAAAUGACGUCUCCUCUGUCCGUUUGUUACGGGACGUUUUAUGGCGUUCUUUCAGCGAUCGUGCCCUUUUCCCCUUAAAAACCAGUUUUUCCCGAACGUUUAGCAGGUUGAACCUAAUUCUCAAUUAUACAUAGUGCAGUUUUAAAUAAAAAAAAAAUAAAAAAAGCACUUUAUUGUUCCCGAUAGCCGUUGAUGGCACGUCCUGCGGCGUGCACUGAGGAAAGGCUGGAAUUGAGGAUUGUGUAGACGUUCAAGAUCUUUCCUUUCCGCUGUUGUUUCGUUUUUUUUUUACGACUGAUCGCAUCGGCAGUCACGAUACUGUGAAACUAUCGAAUUGUGACGUAAACUCAACCACUUCCUCUGCUUCAGGGUGUUUUUUUUUUUUUGGGGUUUUUUUGGGCCUAAUUGGGUUCAAACCUGUGUACACGCUCGCUUUGUCCUGCAUGAAUCAAAUCAAAGAGCAGGAGCUUAUGCCUUAUGAAUAUGAAUAUUCAAGUGAUCCUAAAACAUUUUUUACCUCAGCACAACCUGUUGAUACCUUGUUUUAUGUAGAUGUUUAAAGUAAUGACGACGUUUAAAGAACCGCUGCUUUAUUUUAUGGAACUCAUCAUACAAUUGUUUUCAAAACUGCCGUUGAGCAACACAGUAUUGCCCCGCCCCCACCCGUUGCUGCUUCGUUUAUUCAGACAUCCGCCUGCCUAAAAAAAAAAAAAAAAAAAAAGAGAGAUCUUUAAAAAAAAUCGUCAGUUGAUUGCAGUUUUUACAGCGGUGGGAAUGAUGCCAGCUUUUUGGUUUUAAAUAAACACGGUCCUUUUUAUUUUUGUUUGUUUCUUUCCUUUUUGUUUGUUUUUUUUGUUUUUUUUUUUUUUUUACCUUUUACCGUUUUUAAAUUCUGUGCGCAAACGGCGCCGCAGCGAAACUGUGAGGUUUUUACAGGAUCUCCAACCAGCCCGAGCCCAUGGCGGCGGAGGAGUGAAACUGACAAUCAACGCCAUCAUGGGCAGAAUGUAAACAGACGUGCUGCUGUUUUUAAGACUUAAAGCAUUUUGACCCGGAUCGUGAUGACGUUUCCUGCUGAAUAUGUAACGUGUCAGGACAGAGCAACCUCGAAAGCUGCCAUCGCUACUUUAAAGAAAGCUUUAGAUCGGCUCGAUGAGGUUGUUUCUCAGAUUUCUGAUAGGCUUUUUUCCCCCGUAACAAUAAUAAAAAAAACAAACAAAAAAACGAAUGAAAAUUUAAACAGCUACUAGUCUUUUUUAAUAAUGGUCAUGAAAUGCGUAGAGAUAAAGAAUUCAUUUGGUAUGAAAGAAGCACCUUGUAAAAUUUGUUAUCUUUUUUAUUAUUUUUUGUUUGUUUGUAAAUGAACUGGAUUUUCUGCUUUCAGCCCAGACUUUGUUGACAAGACGACACAGAAGCCGCUGAAUGACACAGAGUCUGCCUAGUAACACUUGAGCACUUGGUUGUUAUAGUUUGUUUUCAAGUGAGAAAAAGAGAAAGAAUCCUCACGUUGAAAGGAUGGGAUAGAAAAUGAUGGGAGUUCCCUCUUCCUGAUAUGAUGGUGCCCAUUUGUUAGAUUGUGUUCUGUUCAGAUUUGUUUUAAAUAAUAUUUUACAUGUUUUAGGUAACGAUGGUUCUCUGCCCAAGUUUUUUUCCCCCCCAAUAAAACAAACCUAAAGCUUGAUACUAAA